AUGUUUACGGACAAAACUGGCGUGGAGGACUUUAAUGAGAGUGUCAUCCACCAGCGCCCCUCUAGCCCUACGCGCAAGGCCAAUAAAGAGAACACCCCUCCCUCAACUCGUGCACCCAAGGACCUUCUCGGGUCGAAUCCCACUGCCGCCGCACUUUCGCGACAUGAGCCUUAUCAGCAGCGGGAUACGGAUACAUCCAGGCGCCAGGUCCAGCUGCGCGGGCUGACACCUGAAGAGAUGGAGAAGUUGCAACAACCCCGCGUCAAGCGUCUGGUCAACGUAACACAACUCUACUUCCUCGAUCACUACUUCGACCUCCUCAGCUAUGUCCACAACCGUCACACCCGCCACACCCAAUUCAAAGCCGCCUGCCCCGAGCCUCCUACCACACCCGCUGAGGAGUAUGAGCCUCAGUUGCUGAAAUAUCUCGGUCGCGAGCGUGCGCAUCUGCGUAAACGUCGAACGCGUCUGCGCCAACAUGACUUCCAGAUUUUGACCCAGGUCGGCCAGGGUGGAUAUGGACAGGUGUACUUGGCACAAAAGAAGGACACGCGCGAGGUCUGUGCGCUCAAGGUCAUGAGCAAGAAACUGUUGUUCAAGCUGGAUGAAGUUCGACACAUUCUCACAGAACGCGACAUCCUGACUGCCGCUAAGAGCGAAUGGCUCGUCAAGUUACUGUAUGCUUUCCAGGAUGAUAGCCAGAUCUACUUGGCUAUGGAGUAUGUCCCUGGUGGAGAUUUCCGCACUCUGUUGAACAACACUGGUGUCUUGCACAACCGACACGCUCGCUUCUAUAUUGCCGAGAUGUUUAGUUGCGUUGAUGCUCUUCAUAUCCUGGGCUACAUUCACCGUGAUCUCAAGCCUGAGAACUUCUUGAUCGACUCAACCGGCCACGUCAAGUUGACUGACUUCGGUUUGGCCGCUGGCAUGCUGAGCCCCGGCAAGAUUGAGUCGAUGCGCGUCAAGUUAGAAGAAGUUGGCAAUACAUCCGUCCCCUUCGGUCGCCCAAUGGAACAGCGAACGAUGGCCGAGCGUCGCCAAGGAUACCGUACCCUGCGCGAGCGUGAAGUCAACUACGCCAAGUCCAUCGUCGGCUCGCCUGAUUACAUGGCCCCCGAGGUGCUCAAGGGUGAACAGUACGACUUCACAGUAGACUACUGGAGUUUGGGUUGCAUGCUCUUCGAGGCACUCGCCGGCUACCCGCCUUUUGCAGGUGCAACAGUCGACGAGACAUGGCAGAACCUCAAGCGCUGGCAGAAGGUGCUCCGGAAGCCCGUUUACGAAGAUCCUAACUACUUUUUGUCCCGCCGGACGUGGGAUCUCAUCACCAAGCUUGUUGCAGCGAAGGAUACCCGGUUCAAGAACAUCCAGGAGAUCCACACUCACGACUACUUCGCCGAGGUGGACUUCGAACAGCUGCGUGAACAGCGCGCGCCAUUCGUGCCGGAGCUUGACUCAGAGACUGAUGCCGGUUACUUUGACGACUUCAGCAACGAGGCCGACAUGGCCAAGUACAAGGAGGUCCAUGAUAAGCAGCGCGCGUUGGAGGACAUGGCUGAUCGUGAUGAGAAGAUGAACAAGGGUUUGUUCGUCGGGUUUACCUUCCGCCACCGUAAACCCGCUGUCGACAGCACAGGCCGCAACUCCCCGCGCAAACCCAUCUCCACCGACGGCUCCAACUUCGGAACCAUGUUCUAA